UCAUACUAAACUUAUAAGUGAUGCAUGACUUGUGCAACAGUGCUGCAUUUAAACAGCUGUAGAAAUGCUUCAGCCUGUAGUACAGUCAUGAGAAUAACAGGCAGCCUGGCUGUGGGAGGAAUAAUGCUGCAGCCUGAAGCCUGCUGAGCUGCAGGUCUGGAUCAGCAGGACAGGUUUACAGUCUCACAUCAGAGUUAGAAAAGCUGAACACUGGCGUCCAAAGGCUUCAGAUAAAGCAAAGAAGUCCGAGAAAACAGUUUCAGGUUCAGGUUGCUGAAUGGCUUCGGCGUGGCAGAGAGUCGAGUCGCUGCAUCAGUGGAUCCUGGAGAAUGGAGAUAAGAGAACCGACCCAUGGCUGCUCGUUUACUCCCCCGUUCCCGUCUUCUGUAUUUUUCUCUGCUACCUCGGCAUCAUCUGGCUCGGACCCAAACUCAUGAGAAACAGGGAACCAGUGGACCUCAGACUUGUGCUUAUAGUUUAUAACUUUGCUAUGGUUUGUCUGUCGGUCUGCAUGUUCCACGAGUUUUUAGUGACGUCUUGGCUCUCAAACUACAGCUACCUCUGUCAGCCUGUCGACUACAGCAACAGCCGUCUGGCGAUGAGGAUGGCCAGUGUGUGCUGGUGGUUCUUCUUCUCCAAGGUCAUUGAGCUCAGUGACACCGUGUUUUUUAUCUUGCGUAAGAAGAACAGUCAGCUGACCUUCCUGCACGUGUACCAUCACGGCACCAUGAUCUUCAACUGGUGGGCCGGAGUCAAGUACUUCGCCGGGGGACAGUCAUUCUUCAUCGGCUUGCUCAACACGUUCGUACACAUCAUCAUGUAUUCGUACUACGGCCUGGCAGCUUUGGGGCCACACAUGCAGAAAUAUCUGUGGUGGAAACGCUACCUCACCUCCCUGCAACUGCUGCAGUUCGUUCUUCUCACCACACACACCGGCUACAACCUGUUCACCGAGUGCGACUUCCCCGACUCCAUGAACGCGGUUGUGUUCGCCUACUGCAUCAGCCUCAUCCUGCUCUUCAGCAACUUCUACUACCAGAGCUACGUGAGCAGGAAGAGCAAACGCCUCUGAUGCAGACUCUGUCCCGAUUCGAGCCCUGCUCACUUCCCCUCGCUGCCUCCACGGGUGGAAAGAAAGAGAACAAGUUUCAUUUAGUGGGAAAUGUAGUGCGUUAAAACGUGACGACCAGGUCGGAGUGACUCGGGGAAGUGAGUAGAGGUGGAAUUGGGACCAGCAGACUUAAGUGCCUUAGUUUGAACAUUCCUGAUUUUUAAAUGCACCCUUACUGACUUCCCCUCAUCACGUCCCACUCUGUCUUCAGGGUUUUUAUUACUUUUUUCCAGCCCUAAUAAAAUUUGUGAGAAAAGGAAUCAAGCCAACAUCAGUGUGGACUUCAGGAGCAAAACGUUCCCAGUACAAAUCAUCAUCUUUUUACAGAAACGACUGAACGUUAUGAAAGCUAGUAGUUAACUCUAUCAUAAUUUCCUCCUCUGUUAUAUAAAAGCUAGAAGCUAAGCGCUAGCCUACGCUGCAUUAUUAAUGAUGUGGUUAUCAGGAGAGAAUGUAACGGGGAAGGUUUAAAACUUCCAUCAGCUUUAACUGUGGAAGCUGCUGCUGUUUUGUUGGUCAUACAGCUUUAAGAAACUUGUAAUCACGAGUUCAACAAAAAUGUGAACGUGAACCAAACUUGGAAUUACUGCAGUUCUGGCCUCAGAGGAACGCACUCGAAACCAACGCAAUAAAAACACAAGGAUUUAAAAAUAA